AUGAAGCUCUCAGGGCUCCUCGUGCUUAUUGCUUCUGCCGAAGCAUCCGCGAAGGCUGUGUUUGCUCAUUUUAUGGUUGGAAAUGUUCCAACAUGGAGCACAGAACAGUGGGAGUCUGACAUAGCCCUGGCCCAAAGUGCUCACAUCGACGCCUUUGCACUCAACAUCGCUGCUAGUGAGCCUUCCACGUCUGCAAGCCUCGACUUGGCAUUUGGUGCCGCGGCGUCUGUUGGCUUCAAGCUGUUCUUCUCCUUCGACUACGCUGGCAAUGGGCCUUUUGACAAAUCGGAUGUGAUCUCCUAUAUCAACAAAUACGCAGCAAGCCCGGCCUACUACCGACACAAUGGAAAGCCUUUUGUAUCCACAUUCGAGGGCCCACUCAACGCUGCAGACUGGGUGGCGAUCAAAUCGGCCACAGACUGCUUCUUUGUUCCCGAUUGGUCAUCAGAGGGUGCCAAAGCUGCUCUUGCUCUCGUACCUGGAGUCCCAGAUGGUCUCUUCAGCUGGGCAGCAUGGCCCUGGGGGGAUCGAGACUCAAACACGUACACUGAUGCUUCUUACCUGCAAUACCUCAAUGAUACUGGAACAGCUUUGCCUUACAUGAUGCCCGUAUCGCCUUGGUUCUACACUAAUCUGCCCGGCUAUAAUAAGAAUUGGCUGUGGCGAGGAGACGACCUAUGGUACGACCGCUGGGAAGAAGCGAUUUGGGUACAACCUGAAUUCAUCGAGAUCAUCUCUUGGAAUGAUUAUGGAGAAUCCCAUUACAUAGGGCCAUUACAUGACGAUGGAUUCGAUGCUUUCAGCGUCGGCAAGGGGCCCUUCAACUUCGCCAAGGAUAUGCCACACGAUGGUUGGCGACAACUUCUUCCGUUUGUCAUCGAUACAUAUAAAAAUGGCAUAGCCACCGUGACUGAAGAAGCAAUCACAGCGUGGUAUCGUCUCACUCCGAAGACGGCUGGCUGUCAAGAUGGUGAUACCACAGGCAACACCGCCAGCCAGCUGCAAGUGGAAUUCACACCAUCGGCGGUUGUGCAAGAUAAGAUCUUCUACUCUGCACUACUUGCGAGCGCCCAAGCGGUAACUGUCACAGUCGGUGGAGCAGACCUCGGCGCAACGUGGACUCAUACUCCAUCUGACCCGGUGGGGAUCUAUCACGGGAGCGUCGCCUACGGCAGCCACACCGGAACUGUCGAAAUCAAGGUUGGAGACCUACUGUUCAAAGGCGAGAGUAUCACCACCUCAUGUACGAGGGCGACGGGUCAGAAUGGCCUUACUAAUUGGAACGCGUGGGUUGGCAGUCAGACCGGAGGCGCCAUCCACGCCACACCGUCCCUCAACAUCUCCGAGCAGGUGUGCGUGGAAGGGACUGGUGCAACCGGUUUCAGCGAACUCUCCGAUCUCCCAAUCGAAAAGAACACACCAGGAUUCGGAACGGUCGGCUACCCGGCCGUGGGUAAGAGCGCCGACUACAGCGGUCUCUGCGAGUAUGCUUGCAAUUACGGAUACUGCCCCGAGCAAUACUGCUCGACCACGAAUUCCACUCUCUUCAUCCCAACAUCCUCUCCAUUUGACCCUCCUGCUUGCAUUCGGGGGACCGGCUCGGGCGACCUGGAGGGGCUGUGCAGCUAUGCAUGCAAUUUUGGAUACUGUCCUAUUCACUCUUCCCAAUCCGGGGCGGAGACCGCAUACAUCGGCAGAGAUGUCUAUGUAUCUCACACCGCGCAAUGCGACGCCCCCUGCGUCUUGGUGCUUCCACCGAGUGCUCUCGGGAGCCCCACAACGAUAUCACUUGGUCCUUAUACCACCUCUCUAGAGGUUGCGGUCCCAACAACGUCCGGCGCAUCGACUAUCUACACUGUCAGUGUCACUACCAUCACAAUUUUACCUCCUCCAAUCACAACAACAGAGAUCCCGUUCUCGAACGUCGAGAUCACCACGGACGCCCACAACGGUUUCUCCUUCCAACCAACCCCAAGCAUCGUGUUCCCACCUAUAGGAUACCCGGUCACGAUAGUCACCGACGGCACUAGCACGGUUACCACUCGUAGCGUCACCUUACCCCCUUGGCCUUUUGUUGAUCCUGGUGAUCCGGUACAAACAGCAACCAGUGUACAGAAUCCCGACCCAACUGAUGAAACGACGACUGGACCUCCCGCAUCUACUACCACAUCCACGGGUGGCGUGCUCCCAGUUUGGAAAACGUGGCCACCCGGUAUUGUGACUCCUGUCACCGACAAGGUCAAGAAGAUUGAGCCUGUCGAAGAUGCUUCCAGAAAAUCUAUCAGAUUUCCUUGCAAUGUUUGGUUCAUGAAUCUGUGCACUGAUAUAAUCGGUGGCUGGAAAAUAAAUUUGCCCGAGGGAGUGAUCGGACCAGGCCCACCACCCCGAAGCUACUUUGAUAUGGAUGGCUGGGACUUUCCAAAGCCAUUGCCCCCUUGGCCGAAGAUAACCAUAGGGACAAACGGGUAUCCCACCUUCUCUGACGAGCCAGAUUGUAAGACUGUUUCGGCCUCAAUAUGUUCCACGACCACCUCCUACGGGCUCUCCGCAGCUGGCGAAGUGACGAGGACCACCGCCACGAGCGUCAUGUCGACUUGCGAGACCGUCUACGGAUGCGACGUCAGCGACUACGACUCAGCUACCGCGACAGCAGUGUGCUCGAACCCACCAGCCAAGCGCCAGCAGACCCCAAGAACAAACUCAGCCUCGGCAACCAGCACGGUCUCAGCGGAACCGACGAUUGAUCCCCGGCAGGCUGGCGAGUGUGACGACCCCACAGCUGAUGUUAUUGUCUAUAUGAGAACUGGAAAAUGGUCCGACGCCGACGUGGCACCCGUCGUAGCGCUGCUGGGGGAGCGCGGCGUGAGCUAUAACCGCUUCGGAACAGAUGCCAUCAGCGGGGGAUACACGCCUUUCCUUCACUUGAAUGAAUGUCCCGAGUCCCUUCGGCUGGAGCUGGAGCAGAUGAGCCAGGUGGCCACGGCCUUCGACUAUCUUGAAUAUCAAAAGCAGCAAUUACUGGCUAACCCUUCGCUACAAGCUCAAGAUACUGUUGAGGACUCGGUUGGAUCUUCAAACCGGACAAUCCUGACACAACGGAUCCAGAAUAAACUAUGGACUCGAGGUACUGACGAAAGUGGUGUAUGGCAAAUGUCACAAGUCUCGACCCCGCCUGAUGCAGACUGGUUAGGCGACACGGAUUACACGUUCCAGAAGAACGGCAUCAGACAGCAUCGAUAUUAUUUCGAAGGUGAUGACCCAGGCACCGGGCAGUACAUUUAUAUCAUGGAAGAGGCGAUAGAUCAAGCGAGUGUGGGCCUCAAAUCCAGUUUCGAAGUGUUAGAAAUGCCCGAUUUUGGACCCCCUGCUCAGAGGAAGGUGGAACAUGGCACCGAGGUGGCUGCUUGCGCCGCGAGCGCGGACUUCGGCAUUGCGCCUGGCGCCAAGGUCAUCCUCGUUGAAACUGGAGACAGUAUAGCCCAGAUCUGGAACCAUUGCAACGAAAAGUACCUCGCGGCUUUCAUUUCGAUUCUUGAUGACGUGAAGAAAAAGGGGAGGCAGGGCAAGUCCAUCAUCAACCUGUCGGCGUCGAUUGAGGUGCCCUUGGUGACGCCGCAUUUCGUAGACACUAUGGCAUACCUAUUCCAAGAAUUACAGAAGCUUGGGGUUUCGAUUGUUACAAGUGCAGGCAACAAGGCAGCUAAGGGGGUACGUUGCGAUGACGGCUUGCCGCAGCGACUGAUUCGGGGGGACGUUGCUGCUAUCUAUUCUCCAAAAAUCGAGAACCUGAUAGUGGUGGGCGCUACCGAUGGGAACGGUAGGCAUGCCUAUUUCAGUGAGGUUUUCCGUUCUGAUGAAGAAGCGUCGGACAAUAUCGUCCAUGCUCCAGGGAUGGACGUCAUGGUACCCACGAUUAACGACCCGGAAGGAUACCCCUACGAUUUCGUCAGCGGCACCUCUUUUGCGGCACCUAUCGUAGCGGGCUUGAUUGCCUACUAUCGUGGAUUGGCGUCUCCUUGGGCUGAACCCUUCGAAGACGCAUCUACUAUGACAGAACUGCUGGUGAUGAAGAUUCUUCAAAGGGAGCUGGAUAUUAACGACCCCGAGGUCAAGUACGGGGGAGUAAGGGCAAAGGGGGAUCCGCAACCUUUUGCCUGGAAUGGCCAGAUCAAAGGCGAAUCAUGUCUCAUGAAUGGCCUGUUGCAAGAUGCUAACGGGAAGCCUCUCUGUCCCGAAGAGCUGAGGGAUUGUGGCGGCAUCGAGGACAAGCAGAAGAGAAAGGCAUGCAUACUGCCCUCCCCCGGAGCCAGCACGGGCUCCGGCUCUUCAGGCGGUGGCAAUGGCCUGAGACCCAGCCCCAUCACGUGGGCACCCGGAACACCCUCGCCAACAUGCAGCAGCAACUGUGGACAACUCUGUUCGGGGUACUACUGCCAGCCGAACCCCACGGGGAAGCCGCCAGACUACUCAGACCCCAAGCUCCACCCCACGACCACGUCGGCGCCACAGCCGGCGACCACUACACCACAGUCAGCGACCUCUAUACCACAAUCGUCGCCAUCGAACCAGCCCCGUGUCCCGUCCCGCUCCGCGCGGUGGGACAUGUUCAACAUGGCAGUGACGCUGGAUGACCAGAGCUUGGAGUACGUGUGGGUCGGGCACGAGGACGACGAGUCCCAGGGCGUGGACGCGUACCUUCGGGACAACUCGAAGUGCUACAACCCGGACUGGGAGGGCGCGGACCACACCUACCCGACUUACCCGGCGAGCAUGGAGGUGCACAACUUCUUCGGGGCGUCGGACUGCAAGUUCGUAUUCCAGGUGGGCUCGCAGUCCGAGUGGCUCGGCCUCGACGGCGGCGAGUGGCUCGGCAACGUUAUCUGCUCCGAGUUCGACUACGCCGAGUGCUACAAGGACGCGGACAAGACCUUCUACUCGUGCGACGACAUGGAUGCCUACAGGACGAGGUGGGCGUACUGCACCUGGGAUCACUGGUUCACCAAGUCCAACACCAGAGCGGCCACGCUGUCACGCCUGGCUGCCAUCCGGAAGUUGAAAGCUGAGAAUGGGACAUCCCGCCUGGGUCUUGAGAGUGACGGGAGCUUGUCGGUGAACAUGACCAAAGAAAUUCUUAAUGGAACAGCAAACUACAAGUUGAUUUGA